GCACGCUCUUGGACCAGGCAAGCUCCUAGACAAGGCAAGCUCCUGGACCAGGCAAGCUCCUGGACCAGGCACGCUCUUGGACCAGGCAAGCUCCUGGACCAGGCAAGCUCCUGGACAAGGCAAGCUCCUGGACCAGGCAAGCUCCUGGACCAGGCAAGCUCCUGGACCAGGCAAGCUCCUGGUCCAGGCAAGCUCCUGGUCCACGCAAGCUCCUGGACCAGGCAAGCUCCUAGACCAGGCACGCUCCAGGACCCCGCCCCAUUCUCCCGCUUUCUAUCACCCCGCCCCAUUCUCCCGCUUUCCAUCACCCCGCCCCAUUCUCCCGCUUUCCAUCACCCCGCCCCAUUUUCCCGCUUUCCAUCACCCCGCCCCAUUCUCCCGCUUUCCAUCACCCCGCCCCAUUCUCCCGCUUUCCAUCACCCCGCCCCAUUCUCCCGCUUUCCAUCACCCCGCCCCAUUCUCCCGCUUUCCAUCACCCUGCCCCAUUCUCCCGCUUUCCAUCACCCCGCCCCAUUCUCCCUCCUUCCAUCACCCCGCCCCAUUCUCCCGCUUUCCAUCACCCCGCCCCAUUCUCCCGCUUUCCUUCCCCCCGCCCCAUUCUCCCUCCUUCCAUCACCCCGCCCCAUUCUCCCUCCUUCCAUCAUCCCACCCCAUUCUCCCGCUUUCCAUCACACCGCCCCAUUCUCCCGCUUUCCAUCACCCCGCCCCAUUCUCCCGCUUUCCAUCACCCCGCCCCAUUCUCCCGCUUUCCAUCACCCCGCCCCAUUCUCCCGCUUUCCAUCACCCUGCCCCAUUCUCCCGCUUUCCAUCACCCCGCCCCAUUCUCCCUCCUUCCAUCACCCCGCCCCAUUCUCCCGCUUUCCAUCACCCCGCCCCAUUCUCCCGCUUUCCAUCCCCCCGCCCCAUUCUCCCUCCUUCCAUCACCCCGCCCCAUUCUCCCUCCUUCCAUCAUCCCACCCCAUUCUCCCGCUUUCCAUCACACCGCCCCAUUCUCCCGCUUUCCAUCACCCCGCCCCAUUCUCCCGCUUUCCAUCACCCCGCCCCAUUCUCCCGCUUUCCAUCACCCCGCCCCAUUCUCCCGCUUUCCAUCACCCCGCCCCAUUCUCCCGCUUUCCAUCACCCCGCCCCAUUCUCCCGCUUUCCAUCACCCCGCCCCAUUCUUCCUCCUUCCAUCACCCCGCCCCAUUCUCCCGCUUUCUAUCACCCCGCCCAAUUCUCCCGCUUUCCAUCACCCCGCCCCAUUCUCCCGCUUUCCAUCACCCCGCCCCAUUCUCCCGCUUUCCAUCACCCCGCCCCAUUCUCCCGCUUUCCAUCACCCCGCCCCAUUCUCCCUCCUUCCAUCACCCCGCCCCAUUCUCCCUCCUUCCAUCAUCCCACCCCAUUCUCCCGCUUUCCAUCACACCGCCCCAUUCUCCCGCUUUCCAUCACCCCGCCCCAUUCUCCCGCUUUCCAUCACCCCGCCCCAUUCUCCCGCUUUCCAUCAACCCGCCCCAUUCUCCCGCUUUCCAUCACCCCGCCCCAUUCUCCCGCUUUCCAUCACCCCGCCCCAUUUUCCCGCUUUCCAUCACCCCGCCCCAUUCUUCCGCUUUCCAUCACCACGCCCCAUUCUCCCUCCUUCCAUCACCCCGCCCCAUACUCCCGCUUUCUAUCACCCCACACCAUUCUCCCGCUUUCCAUCACCCCGCCCCAUUCUCCCGCUUUCCAUCACCCCGCCCCAUUCUCCCGCUUUCCAUCACCCCGCCCCAUUCUCCCGCUUUCCAUCACUCCGCCCCAUUCUCCCCCUGCCCCAUUCUCCCUCCUUCCAUCACCCCGCCCGAUUCUCCCUCCUUCCAUCAUCCCACCCCAUUCUCCCGCUUUCCAUCACACCGCCCCAUUCUCCCGCUUUCCAUCACCCCGCCCCAUUCUCCCGCUUUCCAUCACACCGCCCCAUUCUCCCGCUUUCCAUCACCCCGCCCCAUUCUCCCGCUUUCCAUCACCCCGCCCCAUUCUCCCGCUUUCCAUCACCCCGCCCCAUUCUCCCGCUUUCCAUCACCCCGCCCCAUUCUCCCGCUUUCCAUCACCUCGCCCCAUUCUCCCUCCUUCCAUCACCCCGCCCCAUUCUCCCGCUUUCCAUCACCCCGCCCCAUUCUCCCGGGACCAGGCACGCUCUUGGACCAGGCAAGCUCCUGGACAAGGCAAGCUCCUGGACCAGGCAAGCUCCUUGACCAGGCAAGCUCCUGGACCAGGCAAGCUCCUGGUCCAGGCAAGCUCCUGGUCCACGCAAGCUCCAGGACCAGGCAAGCCCCUGGACCAGGCACGCUCCUGGACCAGGCAUCCUCCUGGACCAGACACGUUCCUGGACCAGGCACGCUCCUGGACUAGGCACGCUCCUAGACCAGGCACGCUCCUGGACCAGGCAAGCUCCUAG